CUCUUUAGCGUCUUGUUGUCUUGACAUUGGUAUUCCUGCUGAAGGAGCACCAAUGGGACACAAGCAGUCCAAGGAAGAGGAGAUGAAGAGGCAGGCGAGGAAGAGUGCCGGCCGUGAGGACAGCUUGACGUCGGCAGAGAGGAUCCGCAACCACGCGUACAAACAGUGGGGCUACAGCAUACUGAGCCUGGCCCGCCGCGGCCUCAAGGAACCCCCCAAGGAACUGUGGGAGCUGACGGAGCUCGAGAAGCUCAACCUGUCGUUGAACUGCCUGCGGGCUCUGCCUCCCGCCCUCAGCAUCCUCAGCAACCUGGUGGUCCUCAACCUGUGGGGAAACCAGCUGACCAGCCUGCCCCCAGAGAUCGGCCAGCUCAGACACCUCCGUGUCCUGUUCUGCUACCGCAACCAACUGACCGAGGUUCCAGAGGAGCUGGGCAACUGCACCAGGUUGGAGGUCCUCAGCCUGGCCAACAACGAGAUAUCUGGCCUCCCUGCCUCCUGCGCCAACCUGACCUGCCUGAGGAAGCUCAAUCUCAGCCACAACAAAAUUGUUCACAUCCCCGGCUGCGUUUACACCAUGAAGAGACUGGUAUUCCUCCACCUGGCCUGCAACAGGCUGGAGUGCAUCGCUGAGAGCAUAGCGGCACUGGUGGAGCUCAAGAUCCUCAUCGUGGAGGGGAACGAGAUCCACUCGCUGCCCAAGAUGAUAUGCUGCCUGACGCAGCUGGAGCUGCUCAACGUGGACUUCAACGACAUCCAGAACGUGCCCCAGGAGAUGCACCAGCUCAGCAGGCUGGAGAAGCUGGCCUACCACCCUCUGGAUAAGGGACUCCACAUCAUGCAGAACCCCUUGCAGAAGCAAAUCAAAGAGGUGCUGGAAGGAGGCCUCAUCGCCCUCUUUAAUUAUCUGAAAUCUAAUUAAGACUCCUCCACAGAAUUUCUUCUGGGGACCCAUUGUUGUUCUCCAUGAAGGAACUAAAUGUACAUCCAUUGUUGUUGCUCAUGAGGAGGAUGCGAUUUUUAAUUUACUGUACAUAACAAGAU